GAUGACCUGUCAAUUAGCGGUUCGGGGCCUGGAGUGUGUCAUGGAGCGGGACGCAGGCGGUUUCCUGUCGGACAGCUCGUAUAAGGAAAAUCUAAUUGGAACUUUGCUGGCCAUCUUUGGGAACCUUGUCAUCAGCAUCUCUCUCAAUGUACAGAAAUACAGCCAUGUGCGGUUAUCGGGUACCAAAGACCCUCGGUCGUAUUUCCGGACGAAGACAUGGUGGUUGGGACUGGUGCUGAUGUUACUAGGGGAGUUGGGAGUCUUCACUUCAUAUGCCUAUGCACCACUAUCGCUUGUCACACCACUGAGUGCUGUUUCCAUCGUUGCCAGUUCAAUUUUAGGAAUCCUAUUCCUGAGGGACAAGUGGAAACCCAGACAAUUUCUACGGCGUUAUGUGCUGUCGUUCCUCGGUUGCGCUUUGACUGUGAUAGGAAUCUAUCUGCUGGUCACAUUUGGACCAAAUACUCACGAGGAACUCUCUAGCAGGAACCUGGAACUGCAUCUUCUGGGGUGGCCAUUCCUCCUAUACCUGCUUGUGGUGAUCGUUAUCUUCUGUCUUCUCCUGUACUUCUACAAAAGACAAAAUAUGGCAUACCUUGUGAUUAUAUUACUGCUGGUGGCUCUGCUGGGAUCAGUGACUGUUGUUGCAGCAAAGGGUGUGUCAGGAAUGAUCAUUCUUUCGAUCCAGGGGGACGUGCAGCUGGUUUAUCCUAUAUUCUACGUAAUGCUUGUGUGUAUGAUUGCAGCAGCAGUUUAUCAAGCAGCGUUUCUGCGUGAGAUCUCUGAGUUGUAUGAUGCAUCACAGAUUGCUAGCCUCAGCUACAUGCUAUCCACAACAAUUGCAGUCAUUGCUGGGGCCACGUUUUAUUUGGAGUUCAAAGGUACUGAUGCUCUUCACAUCUGCAUGUUCAUCUUUGGCUCCUGCAUCGCUUUCCUAGGAGUGUUUUUGAUUACACAGAGUAAGAAGAAGAAGAUAUUUGAACCGUAUGUCAUGAUGGAUGUGAUCUCAGGACUGAGGACCAUGUUUGAUAAGAAGAGCCCAGUACAGCCAGAGCUCAGUGGCUCCUUCUCCUAUGGCACCUUGGAGAACAGCAAUAACCCUGUCGAUAAUCAGCUGCUCGAGGCUCAUCAGGAACCACACUCAGUUCACUCAGUCACGGAGCCAAAGUUGGACUGAACUGAGUCCAACAGGAGAUGGUGAAAUCUGGUUCACUCCCAGUUUCUUGUGAAUCCUGCAGCCUGUAAUGGAUGGAGCAGUGUGACUGCAAAAUUGACCAAGAGCCAACUUCAACUCCUGUUCGGCUGCUCCCGGGUUUGUUAGAGCAACAGGAAAUUCGUACUUGCACUAUAUGCAGAACAUAAAGAAGACGGAUCCCAUGGACUGGGCCCUGGAUUCAGUCAGAGUUCUGAGAUCCCUGAUCUACUCCCCACCCUCAUUCACUUGGUUAUCUGCUUUAUUCCUGGGUCUUGUCUGGUCUUCUGGGUUACUGCCAGGCUCCUGACUUGACCAGUAGUUCAUCUCAAGUGGGUUCUUUCUUGAAAACCUGAAGCUUCGCAUUUAUCAGUUUAUUUAAUGAUGUAUUCGCUUUGUGCUGCGUGAAAGAAGAGAGUUCUUGUUUUUAUUUAGGAGGGUUUAUGCUUUAGAUUUUUUAUUAUAAAAAUUUGUGUUGAUAGCUUUCUGCACUUAAUCCUGGUGAAUGAAGAAGGCCUGUCUGAAUAUUCUGUUUAGUAAAUAAAUUAAAGUGAACGUGGACUGCCAUGCACUUGGAGCUCAUUGCAUUCAAGGCUAAAGGCAGAAUUGUAUGCACAAAGUUAAUUGGAGUAGAUGGAGAGAAACAGGUGAGGGAGGAGACAGAGGAUGAACGAGGGACAUGGCGUAAGAUAUGGGCGGGUGACAUGUGGAGAUGGUUGGAGGGUGGAGAAGUGUGUGGCGGGGAGGGGUGGGUUGGUUUUUUGUGGAGUCUGAUUUGUGUGGGAGGAAGGUAAUUGGCUUGGGUCAGUAUUCUCCUCCAACAGCGAACAGCCUUUUCAUAGCUCUCUGCAAAAGAGCAUGUUGAGCUGUGGAUAAAUGUAUGUGGAGAAUGAGAGCUGACAGAGAAUUUCCCUGUAGAUUCUCACUUUCUCUGCCCACACUGGCUUAGAAUUAUUCAAUAGUAACAUCACUUCAGGGUAGUUACUCACACCUCACCUCUGGAGAUUUGCUUUUUUGACCUUGUUUGGAUCAAAUGUUGUGUGGGGAACAUUUAAAUUUUACACUGUAAGGGAUAGACAUCUCAACCCUAAAAACAACUUAGGCUAGUGUCAGUAGAAUCUAUAGACUGUGUAAACAGGAGGCGAUCAUAAAAUCCCUACAGUGUGGAAACAGGCCAUUCAGCCCAACAAGUCUACACUGACCCUCUGAGCAUCCCACCCAGACUCAGUCCCUUAUCCUGUCCCUGUAACCCUGCAUUUCCCAUGGUUAAUCUACCUCGCUUACACAUCCCUGGACACCAUGGGCAAUUUUCGAGGGCCAAUCCGCUGCACCUGCAAAUCUUCGAACUGUGGGAGGAAACUGAAGUACCCGGAGGAAAUCCACACUGACACGGGGAGACAGACAGUUGCGCAAGGCUGGAAUUGAAUCUGGAUCCCUUGUGCUAAUGGAGCAGCAGGGCUAACCAGAGAGCUACCAUACCACCCCGCUGUUAAUGAAGAUGUUCUAAGAAGGCCUUGGAAGCAGACAGUGGAGUGCAGAGAUUGAUAAAUGAAGAUUCAGCAACACUUAGGGUGAGACUCAUUGUUUAUAUGUGACGGGGUGAAGGGCACAUUAGCCUAUAACACAGAAGGAACAUCUUUAUUUGUUACUUAUGUAGGAAGAUCGGAAUGUGGGUAAGAGGAUGCAUAUAGUAUGAGGAUAAUCAACUUCUCUGCAUGCUAAAGAGGCUUGCUUUAGUCUUAUAACUGAGGCAGAUCUCUCUCUCUGCAUCGCUUGAAUAAAACAAUCAGAAAAUCA